AUGGUAGAUAUCACAAAUGAAGAUGUCAUUGUACUUGAUUCGCAUCAUCCUCGGCCUUGGUUGAGCGAUGAACAGAGGCAACAAAUGGCUGAGCUUUUAUUAGCACAAGCCAACGGGACUGAGCUACCAUAUGGUGCAAUCUCUAAAGCUGCUGAGAAAUUCAACGUGUCCUGCAAAACUGCAAGUACAAUCUGGAACACAAUGAAGAACCAAAUUGGUGAAGAACAGCAAAUCAAUGUUAAGAAGAAGAUGGCAGGCAUAGUGGGCAGGAAACGAUUUACACUGACAGAACAAAUGUUAACUUCAAUUCCACUUAGGGACAGAACCAAUUUAAGAGAUCUUGCAAACAAACUGGGUGUAUGUGCAAGCACAGUGUGCAGACUAGUUAAAAAAGAGGGAGGGCAGCCAAUGUUCAAUGAUUUCUUCAACUUCAUCCACAUCGAUGAGAAGUGGUUUUACAUGCAUCAAAAAACACAAAGGUUGUAUUUGCAUCCAAAUGAAGUUAAUCCACACAGAACAUGCCAAUCAAAAAGGCAUAUAAUUAAGGUGAUGUUUGAAACUGCAUUAGCUAGACCAUCAUACAACAUGUUGGGUCAAUGCACUUUUGAUGGGAAAAUUGGUAUCUUCCCAUUUGUGGAGGAAGUGGCAGCACAGAGGUCAUCUAAUAAUAGGCCAGCCGGCACAUUAGAGACAAAAGCAAUCACCAAUGUUACCAAGAACAGAAUGAGAGAUGUGUUAAUUAAUCACAUCUUACUAGCAAUAAUGUCUAAGUGGCCACCACACAGGAGCAAGGUGAUAUACAUAGAACAGGACAACGCAAAGCCACAUGUAACUGCACCAGACCCACUAUGGAUACUAGCUAGUAGACAAAACGAGUUUGUUUUUCAUUUCGUGCAGCAGCCACCAAAUAGUCCUGAGCUAAACAUGUUGGAUCUUGGUUUCUUUAGAGCAUUACAAACACUCCAACAUAAGGAAAGGCCAAACACAAUACUAAAGCUAUUGCAAGCAGUUAACAAGUCAUUUGAAGAAAUGCAACCAAAGACUUAG